GCAGAGUGUUUAGCGAUCAGAGGUUUCCACAAGCUGAGCUCAACUCUCCCCCAGCACGUAUGAAAGCUCUUACGCGUUUACUGUAAAAACUGCUUUGGACUUUUUCCGGAAACUAGUCGCCAUCUCCCUCCCGACAUAAUUAUAGCGAUUAUUUAAAAGAGUUUUAUUAUGUAAAACAUCCGGGAUUUCUGAGAUGUAGGUUUUUAAGAUUCUGUCGGCGGACUCUUGAAUUCACCGGGAUCUGAAGGAGUGUUUGACCUCUGUUUUCGUGCGUUUAUAAAUAUCCAGAUCAUGAUCGGGAGUGUAAAAUGGCUGUAGUUUAACUGCAAGGAAAUUAGCCAGAUGUAAAGUUAGUGGACCACGGGAACUAGCGGAGAAGUGAUAUAACCUAACUUGUUGAAUUAUUUAUUUACGAUUUAGUGGAAUCGGGUGCUUCUGUAAGACAUAAUAUUUAUAUAAAAUUGUAUUUAAUUGUACAAUUAAAACAGAACUUGACAGAACAAAAAAAAAAACAGGAAGUAGAAAGUUCAUAGUAAGUGAUUUAUUGGGUUAGAUUGUAAAUAACAACCAACCCCCAAAAAAGGAAUAUAUAGUAACGUUACCUAGCCAUCUCCAGGAUUUCUACAAUGCGGGAUGCGCCUGUGAUUUUCAUUCAUCUACACAGGACUUGCUCUUUAUUGGUGUUGCUAUGUUUGCUACACAUCUCUGUCACUGUCAUAUAUUAUAUGAUACGUUCAGAGCUGACCGAACAGAUAGUGGCAUCAGAGGAGAGCAGUGUGCCAGCUGUGUCUAAUGUGAUAAAGACCGAGCAGAAGCAGGACACAUGCCCUGACAGUCCGCCUCGACUGGUGGGUCCGCUGUGGGUAGAGUUUUCUUACCCGGUCUCUCUAGGCCUGGUGAGCUUCGAGAACCCAGCGUUGCAGCCCGGUGGACGGUCUAAACCCACAGACUGCAUCGCCCAGCAGAAGGUGGCUGUCAUCAUCCCCUUCAGGGACUGUGACGAGCCACUUAAGUACUGGUUGUAUUAUCUACACCCCAUCCUCCAGCGCCAGCAGCUGGACUACGGCAUCUACGUCAUCAACCAGGACGGUGAGGAUCCGUUCAACCGCGCCAAACUGUUCAACAUUGGUUACGCUGAGGCUCUGAAGGAGUAUGACUACGAUUGUUUCAUCUUCAGUGAUGUAGACCUCAUCCCAAUGGAUGACCGCAACAUCUACAAGUGCUAUAAUCAGCCCAGGCAUCUGUCUGUGUCUAUGGACAAGUUUGGAUUCAGGUUGCCAUAUGCACAGUACUUUGGUGGCGUGUCAUCUCUGAGCAAGGAACAGUAUCUGAAGAUCAACGGCUUCCCAAACAACUACUGGGGCUGGGGAGGAGAAGAGGAUGACAUAUUCAACAGGAUUGACUCCAAAGGGAUGUCUAUAUCAAGGCCUGAUGGGAUCAUUGGAAGAUAUAGAAUGAUCCACCAUGAUCGAGACAAAAAUAACCAGCCCAAUCCACAUAGGUUUAACCAAAUCUCUCAAACAAGGCAAACAAUGGCAAGAGAUGGGAUCAAUUCAUUAACGUAUAAGGUUGUUAAAAUCGAGAAAGACCAGCUAUUCACCAAAAUCACAGUGGAUGUGGGAAAACCAUGAUUCCUGCAUAGAGACCAACAUAAAACUGAGUAAACCCGCAGCGCUGGCUGUCCAAACCAAAUGUGCCUUCAUAGUCAAAUGGAUCAUUUUCAAAGUGGAUUCUAUAUUCUUAAAAAGACAGUGUUAAUGGAGAUGAUGAUUUUGCAAUUAUACUGUCUUGAUUACUGCUUAAUUUGCUAUAAACGGAUUUACUGUAACCUAAAUGCUUUUGCUUUACAAAGAGUGAUUAAUGCUAUAUGGAAAAUGUAUUGUGUAACUUCACUAACAUUAAGAAAACUGCUUACUUACAUGAAAUGUAUGUAGUGAAUGAUUUAGAGUAGAAACACUUAUGUAUUAGAAAUAGUUUUUAUGAUAAAUGGACAAUAUAGUAUUUAAGGUGUAUUUCACAGAUGGUUAAGAGGAAAAAGAAGAGGAAAAGGGCUAAAGCAAUGCGACGUAAACAACUGAAAGCCUUGGCAGAGGAGUUGGCAGCACUCCAGGUGAUGACAUCAGAAGAGCCAGCAUUCGACGUCUGGGUAUAAAAGACUGAGAGAGAGAGACUCGACCGACGGAUACUGAACAAGCACAGUAUCCCUCGACGCCUGAUACCAGCUGAUUAUACCUUGAUUUUGUAACUUUACUAUUGUACUUUGAUAUAACUUUCGUUAACUUUAAUAAAACUUGUAUUUUAUUAUUGACAA